GACUCUGAGUCCGCUAAGUGUCUGAAGGAAUCUGGUAUGGCCCGCUCGUAUUUUCCAAUGUCGUGACAAUGCCUGCGCUCGAUCAGCGUCUGAUCAUGAACGCAACAGAUUGACAGACAACACAGGAUUAUCUCAGAUACUCACAGUGUCUGAUCUGCUAAAAUGGAUUUUUCCGACAGAGGACCGCACAUUAUGUGCCACUACCAACCACUCUUGCAUGUCAUCCAAGUACAUUCCUGGAGCUUCGUGCGUUAGUGUUAUGAGAUCAUGUGUCAUCAGGGUUGAGGAGAGGAUCUGUGGGAGAGAAGACAGAUCCAUAGAUGUUGUGGUUGGAUUUCCAUCGGCGAAGACUCCGUUCAGAGAUGUGGAAGACUUCACAUACGUCAGCUGGGAUGUAAUCGUGGUCGAUGAGCCAUAGGGCCCGUUCCUUCAUGUCCUUACUGACGGUGCGAUAAACCAUUUCGUAGUAGUCUCCCGUAGGCAGUCCAAAUAUUCGAAGGAGAACAAUCGUUCCUUUUUGACAGAGUGGUUGUGUGGCAAACAAGAGC